AUGGAGGCAAUUAAAACAUUAGGUGAGCUAAAAAUUGACGAACAAGUAUUAGUUUGGGUAUUGUAUUUGAGGUUAGAGACAGCAGAACCAGAUGACAUGCAUCCAAAGAGAUUGAAGGACGGCAAAGAGGAAUAUGCAGAAGGAAUGGCCAUACAGUUCCAGCUCAGCUUGGAUACAGGGUUUACAGAGAAGUUAGAAAUAUUUGUCAAUUUAAUUCACAAUUUACGUUGCCUCCUGAAAAAUUUACUAGAAGGUAUCAAUAUAGAUGUUCAAAAUUUAUUUUCUCUUGUUCCAGGGACAUUAUUUACCUUGAAGGUGCAAAUAAACGAUCUGGUCACUCGUCAUUAUCUGGAUCAGGUCCUUGUUGAUGUCUUUGUUAACUACACAAAAACAAACUCAGCCAUCACUGAGAAUGGUGGAGGAGUUGUUUUGAAAGUACCUUACAAGCUGGGCCUUACUCUGACUGUUACAGCACGUAAAGGAGGAUACCUGCUAGCAUCGUUGCCUUGGAAAACUCAAAAAGUGCCAGUUUUUGCGGCUGUAACCCUUUCAAUGCUUCCACAAAGUCGAGCAAAUCUCUGGUUAUUUGAAGACGCAAUUUUAAUCACAAGUGGAAAAAUUGAUGAUCGAAGGUAUCCUAGUGUCCAGUUUCCAAAGGGAUUGCUGAGACUACCGAAGAACACCUAUGUUUCUAACCUAACAGCCUAUCUCACAGCUCCACAACCUCCCUGGGGAACAGACAACUUUAUCCAUACAAUGGGAACCUUAAUGAACAAAUCAAGACUGAAGAGCAUUGAAUUGACACCUCUUGCUGCUGUUAGUGUUCAGUUGUUUUCUGCUGAAGCAAAUGUGAAGGUUUCAGGAUCCAUCCAAAUUACAUUACCUCUUGGACCAACAGACCUAGUGACACAUGCAGAUGCCCUUCCAGCCUGGACUUUUGACCUAAAAAUUGGCGCCUGGGUAAACAGAGGACUUGGAAAAGUUAGAAAGGAAGGUGAUCGACUUGUUUGGACGUACAUGGCCCCUCAUUUGGGUCACUGGAUAGCUGCACCCUUACCUUUAACCACAGGUACAAUUGGUCGUAUUGCAAAAGAUAUCACCACCUACCAUACCUCGCUCCUCGUGGCUAUAUUAGGAGGAACUGCAGUGAUUCUUGCAGGAUUUGUGGCUGUGCUGUUUUGUUACUGCAGUGGAAAAUACGGUCAUACACACAAGAAGCCAAGAACCAAGACCAAACUGGAUACAUCAAAAAAGGACCAGACUACGUCAACGACUCACAUGAACUUGCUGCCAGUCACCAAAGAAAAUUUGAAAUCUGAAGAAAAGCUUGCUUCUCAACAGCCCAAGAUAGCCCCCUAUAGCCCAAAGAAAGAACUGUCUCAAAAAGAAGUGAAUGAGUUUUGUAAACUUGUGAAUAAGACUUCAGAGAAACAAAAUAAUGAAACCUGCAAAGUUUACGUUGAUAAUUUCACAGUGCGGUCUCGGAAGAAAACAAGUGAUAAACUUCAUAGUGAAACUGUCUCCCUGCAAGCAGUCAGUAGCCCUAAGGAUACACCCAAAAAUGCAUUGCAGAUAAAGCAUAUGAAGAUGCUAGCGAGGAGAAAGGAGAUGAUGGAAGAACAGUACAAAAUACAGCACAAUAACAAUGAAGAAAUGUACCAAUUACCCCAUAUUUCAAACAAACUAUUGCCUAUUUAUAAUCCAGCCAUGGCUAUUAUGCAGACUCAAGGCCUCUUUUGUACUUCAGACCAGGUUGCCAGGUCAGCUACUUUGCCCAGAAAUAAGCAGAUCAUCUAUAGCCCUUUGCCUGAGCCACUAACCAGGGAUAAUUACACUCAGACCCUUCCUAAAAUGCCAUUGCACUCCCAGCAACAGAUUGAAUCCCAGAGACAGCAACAGAUUCUGCAGGGACAACAGGAUUAUAUAAAUUCAAAACAGGUAAUGGAUUCUAAGUCAGCGCUGCCUGUAAACUGGGGAAGAUAUAGCAACAACCUCCUGGAAUCUGUUUCUGUUCCUGGCACAUUGAAUGAGGCAGUGGGAGUGGCUCCAUUUGCCACUGAACUGCAAGGCAUAUCUGAACAGACACUGUUGGAACUGACCAAAGGCAAACCUUCCCCACAUCCCAGAGCAUGGUUUGUAUCGCUGGAGGGCAAGCCAGUACCUCCAAUCAGACAUUCAUGCAUGAUUGUUCAGAAACCGAAAAAAGCGCACAGUAAUGACACAAGCCUCGACUCAGGAGUUGACAUGAAUGAGCACCACACUGGCAAGAAGCUUGAAAAGGAGAAGACCUUCAUCAAAACUGCACCUGCUUCAAAGAACCUGUACUCGGAAGACAUGGAUCUGAGUGGCAGUGAAAGCGGCACCACUGUCUGUACCCCAGAGGACCUAUCUUUCAGACAUGUAUUGGAUAUAGGAAGCGACCAGAUAGUUGAGGUUGAGGAAGAGCAAAAUGACCGAAGUUUGCUAGACAAUGCAAUAAGUGUAACCCCUCCACAUAGGAAGGGAGGAAUGAGUACUAAUGGAGAUGGGGAAGAUAGUAAAAAAAGUGUUUGGCAGAAGAGAGAGGAACGACCUCUCAUCUCUAUAAACUGAGUUGAAUUUCUUUGAUUCCAAGUUAUUACAAUGGAACAAAGCAUGUUUUUAGUUUUGUGGUUAUUUUAAUAAUUAGUUACAUUUUGUGGUAUUGAAUAAAGACAUCCUGUUUGUAUAAGUUGUACAUUUAGGAUCACUCAUCCUGAAUUCACUGUAAAUAUUUACACACAAGGUUAUUAAGCACCAAGUUAUUUCUGUCCUUUAAAUUUUUGCACCAGAAUUUCUUUAUAAACAAAUGAUGGAAUAUCUGAUCGGUUUGCAGUAUAUUUUUACCAGCAGACCUUGAAUUCUUUCUGUUACAAUCCAUUGCCCUCUUUUGUAUCUGUCACCUCUGCCACUGUAAAUCUCCAGCAAGAAAUGAACAAAGUGAUCUUUUCUCUCGUCUUAAUGUUUAAUGUUAAUCUGUUCUGUAAAUGCAUUGAUGAUACGCCC